GGAUGGAUAGUAACAUCCACCUGAGUAGUUUGAUAAGCCGGCAUGAUGAUGAAGCCACGAGAACAUCUACCUCAGAAGGGCUGGAGGAGGGAGAGGUGGAGGGGGAGACUCUCCUGAUCGUUGAAUCGGAGGACCAGGCAUCAGUGGACUUAUCUCAUGAUCAGAGUGGGGAUUCCCUCAACAGUGACGAAGGAGAUGUGUCCUGGAUGGAGGAACAGCUGUCCUACUUCUGUGACAAGUGCCAAAAAUGGAUACCGGCCAGUCAGCUGAGGGAACAGCUCAGUUACCUUAAGGGUGAUAAUUUUUUUAGAUUCACUUGUUCCGAUUGCUCAGAAGAUGGCAAGGAGCAGUAUGAAAGGCUGAAACUGACAUGGCAGCAAGUCGUCAUGCUGGCAAUGUAUAACUUGUCUCUGGAAGGAAGUGGACGGCAAGGUUAUUUCCGAUGGAAAGAAGAUAUCUGUGCUUUUAUUGAGAAACAUUGGACCUUUUUACUGGGGAAUAGGAAGAAGACUUCGACCUGGUGGAGCACAGUAGCGGGUUGCCUCAGUGUGGGAAGCCCCAUGUUCUUCCGUUCAGGGGCUCAAGAAUUCGGAGAACCAGGAUGGUGGAAGCUCGUUCACAACAAGCCACCAACGAUGAAGCCUGAAGGAGAGAAGCUGUCUGCCUCUACCCUGAAAGUAAAAGCCUCCAAACCAGCUUUAGAUCCCGUCAUUACUGUGGAGGGCCUUCGAAAACGGGCAAGUCGUAAUCCCGUGGAAUCUGCCAUGGAAUUAAAAGAGAAAAGGUCUCGUACUCAGGAAGCAAAGGACAUUAGGAGAGCCCAGAAGGAAGCAGCUGGCUUUCUGGACAGGAGUACUUCUUCGACCCCUGUGAAGUUUAUAAGCCGCGGUCGCAGGCCAGACGUGGUUCUAGAAAAAGGGGAAGUGAUUGACUUCUCGUCCUUGAGCUCCUCUGACCGCACCCCUCUGACAAGCCCGUCUCCUUCUCCCUCUCUGGAUUUCUCUGCCCCUGGGACCCCCGCCUCUCACUCGGCCACACCCAGCUUGCUUUCAGAGGCAGAUCUGAUUCCAGAUGUGAUGCCACCACAAGCCUUGUUUCACGACGAUGACGAGAUGGAAGGCGAUGGGGUCAUAGACCCAGGGAUGGAGUAUGUACCUCCGCCUGCUGGGGCAGCAGCUUCUGGGGCAGUGGUCGGGGGCAGAAAGAAGGUCAGAGCGCCUGAACAGAUAAAGCAGGAGGUGGAGAGCGAGGAGGAAAAGCCUGACAGGAUGGACAUUGACAGUGAAGACACAGAUUCCAACACAUCUUUGCAAACGAGGACUCGAGAGAAGAGGAAGCUCCAGCUGGAGAAGGACAGGAAACCUAAAGGGCCCAAGUACACCCCCGUGAGCAUCUACGAGGAGAAGCUGCUCCUGAAGAGGCUGGAAGCUUGUCCCAGUGCCGUUGCCAUGACGCCAGAAGCUCGCAGACUGAAGCGGAAAUUGAUUGUCAGACAAGCGAAAAGGGAUAGGGGAUUACCACUUUUUGACUUGGAUCAAGUUGUUAAUGCUGCUCUUCUGUUAGUUGAUGGAAUUUAUGGAGCCAAAGAAGGGGGAGUUUCCAGGCUUCCAGCUGGACAAGCCACAUACAGAACAACCUGUCAGGACUUCAGAAUCCUUGACCGAUACCAGACUGCCUUGCCAUCCAGGAAAGGGUUUCGGCACCAGACCACUAAGUUUCUGUAUCGUUUGGUGGGAUCAGAAAAUAUGGCUGUGGACCAGAGUAUCGUCAGCCCUUACACCUCUCGGAUCUUGAAACCUUACAUCAGGCGUGAUUAUGAAACAAAGCCACCCAAACUGCAGCUCCUGUCACAGAUUCGCUCCCACCUGCAUAGGAGUGACCCUCAUUGGACCCCGGAAGCUGACGCACCUCUUGAUUACUGCUACGUCCGGCCAAAUCACAUCCCAACAAUAAACUCUAUGUGUCAGGAGUUUUUCUGGCCUGGCAUUGACCUGUCUGAGUGCCUGCAGUAUCCAGACUUCAGUGUGGUUGUCCUUUAUAAAAAAGUUAUCAUUGCCUUUGGCUUCAUGGUUCCUGACGUGAAGUACAAUGAAGCUUACAUUUCAUUUCUGUUUGUCCAUCCUGAGUGGAGAAGAGCAGGGAUCGCAACUUUCAUGAUUUAUCAUCUGAUUCAGACCUGCAUGGGCAAGGAUGUGACCCUUCACGUCUCGGCAAGCAACCCUGCUAUGCUGCUCUACCAGAAGUUUGGAUUCAAGACUGAAGAGUACGUCUUAGAUUUCUAUGAUAAAUAUUACCCGUUGGAAAGUACGGAGUGUAAACACGCGUUCUUCCUGAGGCUCCGGCGCUGAAGUGAGCACAGCGCUUCACAGAGAGACGCAUGUGCUGUCAGAGGUGGGUCCUCACGUAGGCCCGAAGGCAGCUGUUCACGUCCCUGUGGGCCCUCAUCUCUGCGAUCAGACGUCCCUUCAGACCUCUCGCUGGAGGCUACACAGGCGGUGGGCAGAGGAAUUGAAUAGUGCGCAGCCCGUCAGCAGAACCACUGUCCUGUCCUGUCCUGUCCUGCACAGGCCUGGGCCCACAUCUUGGGACUCCACAGUUAACUGGAAUCGAGCGGUGCUGCUGUCCUUCCGCCAAACAGCUUCAGCAAUAAAGGAUUCUCGGGGAGAGAGAAUCUGUUCUAAUUUAAAGGAUGAGGAAGGGUGGCAGCCAUUAACGAGGGGUGCUGUGUCAUCGGGACAACGGGAGAUUACGAGGUGAUCACACAAAGGGCCGGCACUUCCCCAGCCGUCGAUGAGCCAUCAUUGAACCCGGAGGACCUUCAGGGCACUGAGGUUCUGCUAUCUCCCUGACUUUGGCCACAGUCAAAAUAAACAGGGUGUUUGUGUCCACACGUCCCGUCACCUGGUCUGCUGUUAGUACCUCCUGCUGGGGGCUUUGGCCUAGGAGUGGACACCUCUCCCUGCGCCUGUGAAGUUGCUUUGGGGUCACGUUGUCUGAGCAGCCUGUCAGUUAGACUGUGCUGGCGGGGAGGUGCGGGUGGUGGAAGCAGAGCCAGCUGAGGACGGGCCCGUGUGUCUCCAGGACCACUCUUGUCGUAGGGGGUGUUGGAGAGGGACUGUCCGUCAGGGUGUUUUGGAUCCAGUAGGAGCUUUUCCAAAAAUAUCAGAUGUUCCCAAAUAAAGAUCUUUCCUUAUGACCAUCAAUGGCCAGAGCUCCAAUCCAGUCAGUUUGCUUUCAAACUCUAUUUAAGAGUGGUGGCUCUUAACUUCUGGGGACGUGGAUCCCUCCCUGCGAGAAUCCAAAGAAGGCCGAAUAUUCUCUAGAAAACUGUGCAUGCACAUUUAAAAUCUUGAUCGGAGAUCUGUGGACCACAGUCAAAAGCCUCUGUUUUAGGGGCUACGCUUGCAGCCAGCUCGAAUCCCUUUGCUCAGAGGAACGUACUGCACCUCGCGCGAAGCCUGGAAGUUCUGUCCUUGGAGAGCAGCCCAGGCUCCACUCCACUGCCUGAGGCCCAAGAGUGGCAUUACCUCCUUUCUUCCUUUCCUUUUCUUUUCAUCCCUCCCUCCUUCCUUCCCUUCUUUCUGAGAGUUUUCUACCUUUUAAGGAUUUGAGGACUAGGACCCCAAGAAGUAAAAUUGAAGAAGUGACAUUUUCCGAACCUGCAGUCCAGCUUGUGAUUGUUGUACGUGAAUGUCAAGCGUUUGCUGCAAAAGGUGGCCGAAGCAAGUGUCUCCCAUCGCUUCAAGGAACUGGAGAAUUCUGUGAUUACAUUAAUCAGUUCUUUGUUUUA